AUGAAACCAAGAAGAUUUAAUUAAUCUCAAAAAAUACAUGAAUUAUGUAUAUAUAUUUAAAUGAAAAUUUUUAAAACUUUUAAUUAUGACCUUAGUUUACUGACCUAAUUUAUCAUUUAUUAUAAAAAGUAAAUAAUUUGCAAAUUUUAUAUUUUCUUUUUUUCACUAUUAAGCUUAACUCAAUUUCAGUAAGCUAAGAGAAAAAGAUUAGAAGUAAAACUACUUGAGAAAGUUGCUGUUGAGAGGUAAGUAAAGACAGUGAUGUUGUCUAAAAAGAUUAAUGAAUCAAAAGCAUCAAUCAGUUAAGUAGUUUAAAUUUUAUACUAAUAUAUGGCGAGGAAUCAAUUUAGAAAAGUGAUGCAUAUGCAGAGAUUGCAGACUUAUUCACUUUAGAAUAGAAGUUGA